GAGAGAGAUCAUGUGACUGGAAAUCCGUAUGAGAGAAUAUUGUAAUUUCCCACUUGAGCAAUGAUGGGGUUUACCAUCAGCUCUUGUGCAAUAAUAGGUGAAUUAGCUCCUUCAGGGGAAAUGCUGAAUGUUUUGUAGAUGCUGAGAAUGAGCAUGUAACUUAGUUACUAACUUCAGGCGGGAGAAUAUACCUCAGGCUCCUCAUGGCUGUCCAUGGCAAUGUCCUGCUUGCUGUGCUUUUGUGGCAGUGGUGUUCCAUUAUAAGUGGGUUAUUUACAGUCGAGGCCAGAAAGUCUCACUUAAUUGCAGAGUAUGGGAGUAAGAUCUCGUUAGAAUGUCUAUUUAAGUUGGACUUGGAAACAGAUUUUGAAAAUUUGAGGGUGUUAUGGAAACACAUGACAAGAGAUAGAAAGGACAGUAUAGAAGUAGCAAAGUUUGCAAAUGGCAAAGAUAUCGAAAUAUUUCAAUUCAAGAACUACAGUGCCCACAUGAAGCUUCUAUCUAGUGAACUGCACAAGGGCUGUGCCAUUCUUCACAUCAGUAAUGUAAAGAUGACUGAUGCAGGACAAUAUAGCUGCAUUAUAUCUUAUAUCGGAUCAGACUACAAAGAGAUUACUCUGGAUGUGCAAGCGCCAUACAAGAUCAUAACAACACAUGUCAGAGAAGUUGUUAAUUCCUCUGGAGAGACAGUCAGGGAAGUUUCCUGUCAGUCAUUUGGAUAUCCGGAAGCCGAGGUCACCUGGAUGGUAGACAAGGAGAAUCACACUGUGGUCCAUAACACCAGCUACACACUAACUACUGACAUGUUGUUUAACGUCACCAGUGUAGUCAGAAUACCAGACAAAUUUAACAGAACUCUCACCUGUAUCUUCUGGAACAAAAUCACUCAUAAUACAACAUCUCUCACUUUCCAUGUAUCAGAAAAAGUGAAAACUGCAAAACCUCAAGAAUGGAAAUUUCUAUUUGCCCUUUUGCCACUGGUAAUCAUAAUAAUUUUUCUCUUGGCAGCUGUGUAUGGACAAUAUAAAAAAGUUUGGCACAUAAGGACAACCUUGUGCAACAGCAUUUGUAAAAGGGAGACUUGCAAUAUUAAUGCGAACAUGUCAUCAGCAACUGAAAAUUCUGAUGCCCAUACUCAAAUCAGAUUUCAGAACACAAUUGCAGGUACAGGGAAAAUGGUCAGAAUUAAUGGAAAGAUGGAUGAAGUCCAAUACAGACAAAACUCUUUUGAAUUCUGCAAAAGACUUGAGACUGGGACGGAGGUUCAUAUUUCUGCUGGACAAUGGCCCUAAGCAUACAGGCAGAGCUAUAAUGGAAUGGUUUAGAUCAAAACAUAUUAAUGUCCUAAAAUGGCCCAGUCAAAGCUCAGACCCAAAUCCAAUUGGAAUCUAGGGUUUACAGUUCAGUCUCCAUCCAAUCUCACUGAGGUUCGGCUUUUUGGACAAAAAGAAUGGACGAACAUUUCGAUCUCUGAAUGUGCAAACCUGGUAGAUUUGCAGCUGCAAUUGCAGCUAAAUUAAAUUCUGUCAAGUAUUGACUAGGGGUGAAUACUUAUGCAUCUAACAAAUUUCAACUUACUAUGCAUAUUGUGUUA